UGCCCAGACGAAAAUCGAUAGAUCGCUGUGUUUAAUAUUUUUUUCAUUAUAAUAUAUUGUAUCAGUGUUUUAAUGGGCUGGAGGCAGUUUAAAAUAAAACGUGGGUUUUCUUUUUAUCACUUGAGGUAUACUGCAACACCAAGGCCACUAGUUCUGAUGUUAAAUUAUUAGUUAAUUAGAACCCUAACGGUAAAGUUUUAUGAACAACUACCUAUUUAAAUGAACGACAGCCGCCGCUAAUGCCUGAUGCCUAAAUCAGAUAUUUGUAAGAUUUUAACUAAUAUUGAUGUUAUUUAACAUUUACAUCUUUCUUGACUUGCGCAUAAAACAGACAAACCUACAAAUGUCUAUUUGAUUGUGCACAUACGGGUGAGUAACAUUUUCUCGAAGGCUUUUUCUCAUGUGAUCGCGAGUCUCAAUUCACGCGGGAGCUACACGUUCGAUGAACUUUCCAGUGGCGAAGGCUGCGCAAACGCCUCCAGGCGCGACAAGCGCACGCCAGUCUCCGGCCGCGCCAGUCUCUACACACACUCUACACGUGCUGAACGUUCGUAUAAUAUUUACCGUGAUUCCGCGAUUUUCUCACGACAUCAGUUAAUGCUCACACUUGACCAAGUGCUCUGUGAAGUGAUCUUGAAGUGUUUAUUGCCAGUGGAUAUUUACAUUUGUUGAUAAUGUUUGCCGGAUGGUAAUUGGGCUUCUUGAGGAACAUCGACUGCAGAAGCCUACUUCAGAAUGCCACUGAGUCAACUCCAAAGCAUAAUUCCAUCAGUGACCACUAAUGUGUGUGUGGGGUGUGGCGCGAUGCGCGAGGAGGACCUGGAGGUGGCCCUCAAGGUGGUGAUCGUGGGCGACGGCGGCGUGGGCAAGUCCAGCAUGAUCCAGCGCUACUGCCGCGGCACCUUCACCAGGGACUACAAGAAGACGAUAGGCGUCGACUUCUUGGAGCGACAGAUUGAGAUCGACGGCGAGGAGGUCCGGCUGAUGCUGUGGGACACGGCAGGUCAGGAGGAGUUUGACGCCAUUACGAAGGCGUACUACCGCGGCGCGCACGCAUGCGUGCUGGCCUUCUCCACCACCGACCGCGACUCCUUCCUCUCGCUACACUCAUGGAAACUUAAGGUGGAAAACGAGUGCGGGGAGAUCCCGACAAUCAUAGUUCAAAAUAAAAUUGAUUUGAUGGAUCAGUGCGUUGUUGGACCUGACGAGGCGGAGCUGGUGGCGCGCGCGCUGGGCUGCCGACUGAUGCGCGCGUCAGUGAAGGAGGACGUCAACGUGGGCGCCGUAUUCCGCGCGCUCGCAGCGAGAUGUCUCGCCGAUAUGCGCCGCGACGACAACGAUGCCGCACCCCCCUGCCACGCACCUGUUAUAGGAACAUUCACAAACCACAACAGCAAUGGGACAAUACUACUGCGGCCGACAAAACACCGGCCGCCGGGGGGCAAGAAGAAAAACGUGCUCAAAAACGCUUGCAGAAUACUUUGACCACAAUACAAUACUCUCAAGUCUCAAAAUAAUUACGACAAUACUUCGAUGACGUGACAAAGGACUGCGUUCCUAGGGCAAGGAAUGUCUGAAACUGAAAAUCCAAGUACCUAUUCUAAAAUAUAUUUAAAACUCAUAAAAAAAUGAGUGAAA